AUGUCAUAUUUUCAAGAUCAAUAUUAUAAUAAUGGUUCUGGCGACCAAAGAGAAUAUGAUGGUGGAUUUGCAAAUAAUCCACGAGUUCAAGGAAAUAAUAUUCCUUACUCAACACAAAAUUUAAAUACAAGAGGUUCGGAUUCUUACAUGAGCUCUUCUACGGCUGUAGGUACACCACGCGGGAGAGCGGAUGAUAACGACAGUGCAUCGAUAACUUCUUCCAUUUAUUCUCAACCGAGUGUAUCGGGAGGUGCACCUUCAAGUAAUAUGCAAUAUUAUCAAGGACAACCUUUUAAUUCAAUGGAGCCACGCGGCCAGUUCAUACGUAACGAACCUUUUCAUCAUGAAGAUGAUCCACCUUCCCCUAUUGCUGCUUCCACAAACACGCAUAAUAGCGCAGUAGGACUCACUCAACAAGGUUAUCAGAAUGAAAAUAAUUAUAUACCGGACUAUUUGGAAGAAAAUCAUUAUCAUGAUUUUCCGCCAAAUUCACAACCGAAACUUGAAGUUUAUGAUGAUUAUAAUAAUAACUAUCAGAAUGAUGAGCCGUACGAUAAUCGUUAUCAAAAUUAUUCACCAAAUUCACAACCGCCAUUAGAUGUUUAUAAUGAUUUUAAUAACAUUAAUGAUAACUAUCAGAAGGAUGAACCGUACGAUAAUCGUUAUCAACAAGAUCCACAACCGCAAUUUGAUGUUUACCAUGACUUUAAUAACAACCAUCCGAAGGAUGAGACUUACGAUGAUGAGGGAACACGCAACAAUACCCUAACAGGAAAUGAUGCAUAUGCCAUGAACAUCGAUAAUGUAACGAGCACUGGAAAGUCGGCCCGACAUUCAGCAACCGGAGAUCACUUUGUAGUCACCCCUAAAAAGGGACGACGAUGUGCUCUCUGUUCAAGAAAAAUUUGCGUGAUAACCACUUUUAUCCUCUUAGUGUUAUUAGCAGGUGGAAUGUUUUUUGUGUGGCCACGUAUUCCUAAAAUUGAAAUUUUACCAGCAACACCAGUGGGUGAUGCAGUAAUUACCCUAAACCCCGUAGCUACACAAAUGGAUAUGGAAUUGCAAAUUGAAUUUGACAAUAGAGAGAAUUGGUUACCCUUUAAAUUCAAUUCACUUAAUGUUGAUGUCUAUAAUUCGGCAAGACUUAGUUCAUAUAACAGACCACUAACUACUAGUAGCAAAAAGGGGUUUUCAAUUCCAGGAAGGGCAAAAACAAAAGUUUCCAUCCCUAUUUCGAUUGAUUAUGUUGGUUCACAACCAAAUGAUCCAGUAAUUCAAGAUUUUAUUAGCGCAUGUACUCAGCCACCGGAAGGCGAAACUAGAGGAGUUUUGAAUCUUAGAUUAGACUUUAAAAUGUUGAUAAUGGGAUUAGAUUGGGUUCAUAAACCAACAAAAACCAUACCAGUUGCAGAAUUUCAAUGUCCAUUUGAAGUAGCACGUCCAUCACCAUUAGAUGCACCUGCGACAACUCCCGAUCCUGCUUCUGACCCAG